UAAAAUUUUUAUUCUUAGGCCUAUCUACUACUCCUAUCACUCCAUUCCAGGCAAAUUAAUAGGUUUUCCUGCUGUGUAUUCCCAAGUGCGCAUGCGUGGUGGACAGCAGAGCGACUUAUUUCUGCGAGGAGGUAUUUCUCGGAACGCCGCCAGCCUUGUUUACUUCCAGCCGCGAGGAGGACGAGCCUUGACUGCCCGUGCCCGGCCUGGGAGGAGACUCACAGAACCAUGGUGGAGGCAGGUGAGGGAGUCUCCCACGUGGGCUCUGUCAUGAAUCAGCUUGAGGACACCAGCCGGGAGAUCAAGGAGUGUUAUGAGAGGUUAGACUUUAUUGAAACCAAGCUGCGACGGCGGCACUAUCCCAAUGACGAAAAGAAGCGUCUGGAGAAGGAAGUGAAGGACAUCAAGUCUCACCUCUCACGGCAUGAGAGCAACCUGCGCAGCCUCCGAGGGGAGAACCGGGUGGCCAUGCUGUUGUCUGUGCUGCUGCUGGCCCUAGGAGUGCUAGUCUACAUUGUGUACUGCCUGCUGCUCACUUAACCCUCCCUCUCCACCUCAGUACCUGCCACUGUUCUCUCAACAGGCUCCUCCUCCUCCCCUGUCUCUUGGUCAUCCAAGUCUCUAAUCUUUUUCUCUUCCAUUUUCCUUCUGCCAUUAUUACUGUUGUGACAGUCUGUGUACCUCCUCCCAGCAGUCUCCCUAUCUCUCUCUUGUUUUUUGCUCAUCCAGUUUUACAAACUUUUUUCUUUUCUCCUGCCAUUGUUUCUGCUGUGACUUAUUCUGUGUACCUACUUCCUUACCAUUGUUAUUUGUUCAAAUCAUUGUUGCUUAUUAUUUAGUCACACAGUUGUACUGUGUGACUAUCUUGGUGGCCUGGUUUGUUUUUAGUUGUUAAAUUACUAGUUUUAUUCAAUUUCCUGCUGUAUUAUGAAAGCCUCAGCCACACUACAACCUUCACAACAUAUUGCUUUGUUAUAGGUAUGCUUUACCACUUUCAAGACCUCUUACUUUACCUGACAUAGGCUGUCUUUUCUCUUGAUAAUGUUACAUAUACCAGUUGUGUUGAUUCUCAUCUCCAGUUUUCUCAUAGUCUAUGCUUUUUCCAGCACUAGCAGCUGUCUUCACCAAUCCUUUAUGAUUGGUACCAGAGACAGUAUCUGGUCAUGGAUUCCCAGGAUUCUAUGUAAAAGUAAGAUUGCCAUGGUUGAUUUGUUUCAAAAAUGAUUUUCUCAUUCUUUUCUUCACAUUUCUACAUUACUUUUUACUCUUUCUACAUCAAAGACAUUUAAGGGCAAAAAAAGAGAAACCCCAUAAAUCACUAUUCCUACACAAAGAACAUAAGUAUCCAAAGCAUGGUCAAUUAAAGUUUUAGUGUCUUUGUACUCCCCUCUUGGUGUUGAACUCAUAGACAGAAAGAAAUACAGACAAAUGAAGGCUGUUUCAGAGUUUAGUGAAAAAGAUGAAAAUGCAGGCUAACUCUUGCAUUUGGAAUUUGGACAGCAUAGGGGAGCAGCAGGGCUGUGAGAGGAAUGGAGGUAUGCAGUUAGCUUGAAAAUAGGAAAUAUAGAAAAGGAAGCAACAUUUAAGUGGCAAAAGACAAGUCAGUAAGAAGAUAGGAGCUCAAUCAAUCAUUCAGUUGGGGAAUACGCCAGGGAGCAUGUUGUCUCACCCACCUUACGACACCAACCCCGGGGGUUCCUCUGGGCAAGUCUCCAUGCAGGCUCCUUUCCCAUCCCAAGUACUUCAUAGCAGGAUCAACUGUUGACUUUCUCAAGCUAUGAACUCGGUGGGCGUCUCCUUUGCCUCCUCCACUCAGGAUUGUCUCUUACAGAACAACCUGGUGAGCAAGGCUGGCUUCUGGGUAGCUUGCCACAUGCCUGUAUAGCUGGUGUUGGCAUUCAUUGACUAUGCAGGUAAUAAGCUUUGAAUCAAUCUCACGGAGUAAUUGCCGUUUUGACACAAAACCAUUCUAGUAAUACCCAUGAUUCUGUUGGCACUUACUACCAAAGGCAUCACUCUGCCUCUUCAAGUCACUAUUCAGUGUCCAUGUCUCAGAGCCAUACAGUAAGACAGGGAGCACAAGAAACUUUGUCCUGUACAUAUGCCAUAUUAUACUCAUGCUGGGCGAGUCCAUAACACCGUAAGCCAGGCCAACCUGCUGCAAGACUUAUUGAUGAGACCCUUAUUGUUCUGCACCACACUACCAAGUUAUGUGAAAUUUUCCAAGAUCUCAAUGUCCUUGCCACAUGCAAAAACAGAUUGUGCUGCUUCACCUAACAAGCCUGCAAACACUUGUACUUCUUGGCCGACUGUCAGACCCCACCAAGAUAGUCUACCAGCACCAUAGAGAGAAUGUUAUAAAAAAAUAAUGAUAAUAAAUAAAAAAUAUAAAUAAUAAUGCCCAAUUACAAGUAUUUUUGGCAUCUUUUAACCCCAAGGCUAUGGGUAUUUUCUCACAUGCCUACCAUACCAUACUGUGCUGAGGGCUAGUUUUUUUUUUUCAAGAGAAGCGUAUCAAGACACAUCUGCUUAAAUUAACCUCUUCUGGCCUUGCUGGAGCAGAGCCUUGCAGGCUUUUUUACUUUUUUUGCUUCUUGCCCUUGAACUGCCUCCUUUGUGGUGAAAAAAAGUUUGUGGAAAACUUCAAAGAAAUCUCUGCUAAACUUCACUUUCAAACUACAGUACCCUCUCGAGUUUUGCGCUAUCCGAGUUUCACGGUUAGUCCUAAAUUCUUACCAUCCCGACUUUCGCGCAUUAUCACCCCGACUUUCGUGCUGCUUUGACAUGUACGGGUCACACACACACAGUAGGUGAAAUGAGAAGGAUGUAGGGAGGAUGGGGCAGAAAGGAGUCAGAUCAGGGCUUUGGUCAAAACAUGACCUGACUCAGGUCAGGUCAUGUCAUGGCUUGUCACACACACACACACACACACACACAGAAGGGGAAUGAGAAUGGUGUGGGGAGGGAGGGGCAGAAAGGAGAGUCAGAUCAGGGCUUUGGUCAUGAUAUGACCUGACUCAGGUCAAGACAUGACCUGAUUCUCCCUUCUGCCCCUCCCUCCCCCCACCCUUUUCAUUUCCCUUUCUGUGUGUGUGUGUGUGUGUGUGUGUGUCAUGACAUGACCUGACUCUCCCUUCUGCCCCUCCCCCCCACACCCUUCUAAUUUCCCCUUAGGUGUGUGACGCACACCCGGAAAAGUUGCUGGUUGCCCAAGCUGCCGCCAACGCGGUGGGAAGAAAAAGGCCUAGUGUGACACCAGCUUACGGACAACUGACAACUCGCUCCUGGAUGGGCGUACGGGCUUUGCCAGUCGCCACAGCAGUUAGAGGAAAACGGCCAGUGUGACACCGCCUUACAGCAGUGAGGCCACUGAUUGGGUGAGCACCGGCGAAGAUGUCAUCGGACUCCCAGCGAAUCACAAGCGUGUUUUCAGAGCUCAGCCAAUCGUAAGGCUUCAACUGUGUCUUUAAAACGACCCGUUUUCUCUUCCUGUCUUCUUCCUUUUUUCAAGGUACAUAUUUUGAGAUAACAAGGGAGUAAAGGAGAAAAAAAGU